AUGUAUUUCCUUUAUUUAGAACUCUUGAUACCAAAUAAAUGUAGGGUAUCUGAUAACAUGGCGAAAGAAAUGGUUAUUGUCAUGAUUGUGUCCAUGGGACUUUUGUUUCUUUCAAGUGCAAUAGAGCCAUAUGAAAGGCCGUUCAGUAUAAGCGACAGGUCGAUAUCCAAGCCUUACCUGCGUCAUGAAACGAUAACAUUUGCAGAGAUUACAGCUGUAUCGGUUGUUAUUCCUCUUGUACUCAUGUUUGUGAUACUCCGUAUAAAUACUAUAGAGAGAGUCUAUGAAGUAUACUUCUACCUGUCGUUUCUGCUAGCCUGCCUCAUCACAUCUUCUAUUGUUGAGAACAUGAAAAAUAUAAUUGGAAGGCUUAGGCCUGAUUUUCUAAGCAGAUGCAGCCCCGCCGGUGGAAAGUGCACAGGAAAUCCCCGGGUAAUUCUUGAAGGAAGAAGGAGCUUUCCAUCUGGGCAUACCUCGAUCGCAGCAUGCGGAUUUAUAUUUCUGAUGCUCUUUGCCUCCAAGGAAUUUGGACUCCCUAGGUUGAGAGCAAAGAUGAACCAAGUCUUUGUUUUUCUACUUUAUCUUGCAUUUUUAAUGGUGCCUAUCGCUGUAGGAGCAAGUCGAGUAAUGGACAGCAAGCACUUUAUUUCUGAUGUGGUAGGAGGAGGAGUUAUUGGAGUGCUUGUUGGGGUUGCUAGAUUUAAGCGUUUGGAAAUGGAUAUUGUGAAAGAAAGAUAUAAGAAUGUUAUUGUGAACGACAUAAAUGGAGCAGAAAAUCAGGCCUAG